UCGUUGUACGAACAUUGAGUAAUCUUAAUUACCGUCGUUCUAUUCUAAUCUCACAGCAGCACCACCGCCCUUCACCUCAUUCUCUCCGUUUCAACGCCUUCUCCGAUUUAUCGUCGCUGUCCCCGUCGAACAUCGCUCCGCCGCGAUUCAUCUUCUCCGUUUCCCGACUCUCCUUCGCCGACGCUACUCUUCUUCAUUUCUCUCUGGAAUCCGCCGUCUCCGUCGUCGUCCAUCUUCUAAGGUAUCCGCUAUGAUGGACGAGAAUGAAGCCGAUUCCUCAAUCUCCAUGUGAAGUCAAAAAAGAAAUCAGAAAUUGAAGAUGCGGAAAGACGCAUGAGCGAGCGCACAAAUACACAGAGAUAGACGAUGAUAUUACUUCAAUCUCAGUCAAGAUACCUCCUCCAGAUCUUAACAAACCGCGUUCAAAAUAUCGAGAAAGGAGUCGAGUUGGAUUGCCACUGGGUUGAAUUCGAUGACGUUCGUUACCAUAUUCAGGCAUCGAUAAAGAAUCCACAUCUUCUACAUCUAUCAGUAUCCCUCCCCACUCCACCUCCAGAGACUGAAUUCUCCGGUGGCCUUCCAUUUGGAGCCAUUGAAGCAAUCAAAGCAGCAUAUGGUAGUGUUGUUCAUAUCCUUGAUCCUCCAAGAGAUGGCUUCAAUCUCACAGUUAAACUCAACUUGUCUAAACUUCCUUCACUUGAAGAAAUGAAGCAAAAUCUUUUGGUAAAGAUUGCAUCUGUGAGAGAAGUGGUAAUGGGGGCCCCACUAAGAGUAAUCUUGAAGCGACUUGCAUCAAGGUCUGUGCCCCCUAAUGUUGGUGUCCUUGUCCCCCUUCUCCAUCGACCUAAUGAAUCCUUCUUCAUUGUUCCUCAGAUUGAAAAGGUAACUGUAGUGUUCCCAAUGAGAUUCAAUGACUCCAUUGAUACUGUUCUUGCUGCAUCAUUCCUUCAGGAAUUUGUGGAAGCAAGACGUACAGCUGGACUUAAUAAUGCCCCUGCUUGUUUAUGGUCUUCUUCACCUCCUAAUGAACUCAAAGAAGCUCCUGAACAUGCUUUAUCUGCAAAUGCUGGUUUUGUUUCUUUUGUUAUCUCAACACGCCAUGUAGAAGGAAAGAAAUUGGACAAAACAGUUUGGAGUUUAUCAACAUUCCAUGCAUAUGUCAAUUAUCAUGUCAAGUGUUCUGAAGGAUUUAUGCAUACUCGGAUGAGACGACGAGUGGAAUCAUUAAUCCAAGCUUUGGAUCGUGCUAAGUUAGAUGAGAAUGGAGGAGCUUCUCAAAGCAAAUCAUUUAAAAGACUGAGCAUUGAAGAGUCACGUGGAAAUUCGUAUUCGUAAAAGUAGUCAUUGAUACUUGUAAUGCUGUUUACUGUUACUGUUUUUUUUUUUUUUGUGUAACAUUUUUAUAAUUACGGAUGGAUGAUAAGGCAAAAAGGUUAACAAAACUAUUACUUUUACAUCAUAAAAAAAAAAGGUUGUCUAACAUCUACAAACAAAUAUCUGCAUAUUCUUUAUCGACUUUUAUUGUGAAUAUGACUUUUGUUGCUAAACACGCGAAUUUCAUGCCAAGCUCAGUCAAAAUUUUGGAAAUAGUCUAUUGUCAGCUUUAUUUAUUUAUACUUUAAGUAUUACUAUUAUUAUUAUUAUUUUUGAAUUAAUAUGAUAAUGGGGAUUGUGAUUUGUGGA